AUGUUGGCCCUCAUGACCCUCACCUCCUGCGCCGCCCUCCUCUUCGUCUAUAUAUUUAUGCCCGCCCUCUGGCUCUCAAUCAUGUCCGCAGACGAGUCCUUGGACGCUCACGAGUCGGGUCUCGCCCUCGUCGCUGCUCGCAAUCCGUUCCGCGAAUCAGGCCCUCCCGCCAACAUGGCGAAGCUUAUUCUGCUACGGCACAAAAUUCAAACAAGUAACAGGAAACGACGGAGUUCAUCCCAUUCACGACAGGCGCCCCGAGCGCUCCCAAUUCCGACAUCCCGCCCGAAGGCCCCUUGGAUGCGUUUCGGCAGACCCUUUGGCGGAAAGCAACAUCACUGA